AUGGUGGCCGUGAAGAUCUUCGGUCUCCUGCUGGGGUCCCUGCUCCUGGCAGUGGUGCUGGGAGAGAAGGCGGAGGGUCACUCCGGAGGCCACUCUAAGGUCAGUGGCUCCCGACAUCGAGGCCCCAGGUAUGCUGAGGGGACCUUCAUCAGUGACUACAGCAUUGCCAUGGACAAGAUCCGCCAACAAGACUUUGUGAACUGGCUGCUGGCGCAGAAGGGGAAGAAGAACGACUGGAAACACAACAUCACCCAGAGGGAGGCCGCCGGGGCCCUGAAGCUGGCCCAUCAAUCUCACAGGAAGGAGCAGGCGAGGGAGCAGCAGGGCUCCCUACCCAAGAAGCCCAGUGAUGAAGAUUUGCUCAAGGAUUUACUGAUUCGAGAGCUGCUGGCCUGCAUGGUGGAUCAGAUGGAAGUCUGCAGGCUCAGAUUUCAGUGA